AGGAAAGUUCUGGAGGAACAAUGAGUGGACUAGAAAACCUCAUAUCAGAGAAUGGAGAGAAGCCAUUUUCAUGUCCGGAAUGUGGAAAAUAUUUUAGUAAGAAAUCAAAUCUUGUAACUCAUGAGAGAACUCACACAGGAGAGAAGCCAUUUUCAUGUUCAGAAUGUGUGAAGAGUUUUAGUCAAAAAUCACAACUCAUGGAACAUAUAAAAACUCACACAGGAGAGAAGCCAUUUUCAUGUCCGGAAUGUGUGAAGUGUUUUAGGAAUAAAUCCCAUCUCGUAGAACAUAUGAAAACUCACACAGGAGAGAAGCCAUUUUCAUGUCCGGAAUGUGUGAAGAGUUUUAGUUUUAAAUUAAGUCUUGUGGAUCAUAUGAGAACUCACACAGGAGAGAAGCCAUUUUCAUGUGCAGAAUGUGUGAAGUGUUUUAGUCAAAAAUCAAGUCUUGUGGAUCAUAUGAGAACUCACACAGGAGAGAAGCCAUUUUCAUGUCCAGAAUGUGUGAAGAGUUUUAGUCAAAAAUCACAUCUUGAAAGACAUAUGAGAACUCACACAGGAGAGAAGCCAUUUUCAUGUCCAGAAUGUGUGAAGAGUUUUAGUCAUAAAUCACAUCUUGUGGAACAUAUGAGAACUCACACAGGAGAGGAGCCAUUUUCAUGUCCAGAAUGUGUGAAGAGUUUUAGUAAAAAAUCACAUCUUGAAAAACAUAUGAGAACUCACACAGGAGAGAAGCCAUUUUCAUGUCCAGAAUGUGUAAAGAGUUUUACACACAAAACAAGUCUUGUGCAUCAUAUGAGAACUCACACAGGAGAGAAGCCAUUUUCAUGUCCAGAAUGUGUGAAGUGUUUUAGUCAUAAAUCACAUCUUGUGCAUCAUAUGAGAACUCACACAGGAGAGAAGCCAUUUUCUUGUCCAGAAUGUGUGAAGUGUUUUAGUCAUAAAUCUAAUCUUGAAAAACAUAAGAGAACUCACACAGGAGAGAAGCCAUUUUCAUGUCCAGAAUGUGGGAAGUGUUUUAGUCAGAAAUCUAGUCUUGAAAAACAUAUGAGAAUUCACACAGGAGAGAAGCCAUGUUCAACAAAAAACAAACCUUCCACAACCCUCCACAGCUCUUAAAAAUCCCAUGUGGUGUACAGUAUUUACUAUAAUAUAUGGCACAUGGGGGCCCCAUGGUCCCACUACAGCAAGAGCAAUA